AUGCGAUCCUCAGUCUCAUUGCGUCGUGUCGGAUGGACUGGUUAUGGCGUUUCGGGAUGGUUGUGGAGUACUGGAAUUAGUUUAGUCGCUGGGGGUCGGGUCUUUAAAUGGUGUUUGUGGUACGUUGAAUUGGUCGGUUGUGUGCAGCGUGAUGAGCACUUUGUUGGCUGGUUUGGGAUGGUCUCUAAUUUGUACAUAUCGAUUGUCGUUCCUUCUAUUCAUCUAUGCGGAAAUGUCAGUAGAAAGCUUCGGUGUACAGUUGCUGUCUUUCUCAGAUGGUAUGAUUUUUUUGUUUUUGAUUUGUUUUCAUGUAAUUUGUGA